UGUUGCGCUUGCUUUGCUUGCGCCCAAGUGGGAAUCAAUUGCAGGGCUUCAAGGAAGUCAGGAGCUGAAGAAUGAUAUGCAUCAGGGCGGAAGGUGGAUGGCUAGAAAACGAGUGCUCUUAGGACCCCUCUUGGACUGCAAACGAAGCGCAUGACGAAGAACGAGGAAUGCUGCUUGCAGAGCGGGUGGUCUGACAGUGACACCACUUUUGACAGAUUUAUCUGAGCAAACAGAGAGUUUGUGAUAGAAACUUUUUGCUGGAAGUCAACUUUAUAGAAGCUCAAAGGAGGAUUAAGCUUUGCACAUUACUGUAGCGAUGGUGCUUCGGGAACAGUUGGGGCUGGUUGUGGCGGCCCCGGAAUCCACCAUCGCUUUCACAAAGAAGAUGUACCGCGACGACCCCGGCCCUAGGAAGAUCAAGAGCAUCCAAUUCGGGGUGAUGUCAGCGCAGGAGAUGGUUAAAGUAUCAGAGCUGCACGUUUUUGAAAGGAACCUGUACCAGCAACCGGAGAGGAAGCCGGCGCCCAAUGGGAUCCUUGACACAAAGUUGGGCACCACUGACAAGCGGGGCGAGUGCUCGACCUGCAAAGGCAAGCUGACGGACUGCGCCGGGCACUUUGGUCACAUCCGGCUGGCACUGCCUGUGCUGCACAUCGGAUACUUCAAGCACUGCAUUGCCAUCCUGCAGUGCAUCUGCAAGAGCUGCGCCCGCAUCCUUCUUCCAGAGGAUGAGCGGAAGGUGUUCCUGCGGCGAUUCCGCAACCCCUCGGUGGAGAUCCUCCAGAAAAAGGCCAUGUUCAAGAAAGUCGCGGACCGUUGCAAGCGGCAGCGGUACUGCCCGCACUGCGGGGAUGUCAACGGCGUGGUUAAGAAGGCGACUCAGACGCUGAAGAUUAUGCACGACAAGUACGCCAAGGACGUCUCGAUCAAGGAGGACUUCCAGGAGGAGUUCCAGGAGCCGGCUAAGCACAACCGCGAGCUCAAAACGCACCUCAACAAAGUGCAAGACGACCUGAACCCGAUCCGCAUCCUGGGCCUCUUCGAGCGGAUACUGGACGAGGACUGCGAGAUCCUGGACGUUCACGGACGUCCGGAGCGGCUCGUUAUGACGCACCUGAUCGUGCCACCUGUCUGCAUCCGGCCGUCCGUGGAGAUGGAGUCGGCCGCGGGGAGUAACGAGGAUGACAUCACCAUGAAACUGAUGCAGAUCAUCGAGGUGAACAAGAUCGUCGAGGACGCACUGCAGAAAGGGCUGGCCAUCAACCAGGUCAUGGAGAGCUGGGACUUCCUCCAAGUCCAGACGGCCAUGUAUAUCAACAGCGAGCUGCCGGGCAUGCCCAUGGCCUUCCAGAGCGGAAAGCCACUGCGCGGGUUUGUGCAGCGGUUAAAGGGCAAACAGGGGCGGUUCCGAGGUAACCUGUCGGGGAAGCGCGUGGACUUCAGCGGGCGGACGGUUAUCUCGCCUGACCCGAACUUGAGGAUCAACGAGGUCGCCGUGCCGAUUCUGAUGGCACAGAUUUUGAGCUAUCCGGAGAAGGUGAACCGGCACAACAUAGAGAAGCUGCGGCAGCGCGUCCUGAACGGGAUGACGAAGCACCCGGGCGCAAACUUCGUGUGCUUCCCAGACGGCGGGAAAUGGUUUCUGAAGUUUGGCGACAGGCGGCGCGUGGCGUCCGAGCUCAAGUACGGCGACGUGGUGGAGCGCCACCUGGAGGAUGGCGACAUUGUGCUCUUCAACCGGCAGCCCAGUCUGCACAAGAUGUCCAUCAUGUCGCAUAGAGCCCGCAUCAUGCCGUGGCGAACCCUGCGCUUCAACGAGUGCGUGUGCAACCCGUACAACGCAGAUUUCGACGGCGACGAGAUGAACCUGCACGUGCCUCAGACGGAAGAGGCCCGGACAGAGGCCAUAGAGCUGAUGGGGGUGCACAACAACCUGUGCACGCCCAAGAACGGCGAGAUCCUGAUUGCCGCGACCCAGGACUUCCUGACGACCGCGUUCCUGGUGACCCACAAGGACAACUUCUACGACCGCGCGCAGUUCGGCCUCUUCUGCUGCUACCUCGGCGACGCGUCAGAGAUGGUCGACCUCCCCACCCCCGCCAUCCUCAAGCCCGUCGAGCUGUGGACCGGCAAGCAGGUCUUUAACGUCCUCGUCCGCCCCAGCGCCCGCACCCGGAUCUUCAUCAAUCUAGUUGUCAAGGAGCGCUUUUACACCAAGUCGAAAGUCGAGCCGGAGCACAUGUGCCCAAGCGACGGCUACGUGUGCUUCCGGAACAGCGACCUGAUCAGCGGACAACUGGGGAAGGCGACGCUUGGGGCGGGGAACAAGAACGGGCUGUUCACCGUGCUGCUGCGAGACUACUCGGCUGAGGUCGCGGCCGCGUGCAUGAACCGGCUUGCCAAGUUCAGCGCGCGCUUCAUCGGCAACCACGGCUUCUCCAUCGGGAUCGAUGACGUGGCACCAGGGCCGAAGCUGUCGGUCGAGAAGGAGAAGCAGAUUGCCAAGGGGUAUUCUGCGUGCGACGCGCACAUCCAGGCGUAUGCAAAGGGAAAGCUGGCGUUGCAGGCCGGGUGUAACGCCGCAGAGACGCUCGAGGCCGAAAUCACGGGAGAGCUGAACAAGAUUCGAGAAGAAGCCGGCAAGGUGUGCCUGCGCGAGCUCCACUGGCGCAACAGCCCGCUCACCAUGGCGCAGUGUGGUUCCAAAGGGUCCACCAUCAACAUCAGUCAGAUGGUUGCGUGUGUCGGGCAGCAGACGGUCAGCGGGCAUCGUGCGCCGGACGGGUUCAUCAGCCGAAGUUUGCCGCACUUUCCAAAAUUCGACAAGACUCCCCGCGCCAAAGGCUUUGUCGCCAACUCCUUCUACAGCGGCAUGACUCCGGACGAGUUCUUCUUCCAUACCAUGGGCGGUCGCGAGGGGCUGGUCGACACUGCGGUGAAGACUGCGGAAACGGGUUACAUGUCACGACGGCUGAUGAAGUCGCUGGAGGACCUCUCGACGAUGUACGAUGGGACUGUACGCAACUCCAGCGGGGGCAUCGUGCAGCUCAAGUACGGAGACGACGGCAUGGACCCCGUCUGCAUGGAGGCGAAAGACGGGCAGCCCGUGGACCUUACUCGCGUAAUGAUGAAAACAAAGGCCCAGAGUCCGCUCCAGGGCCGGCCCGUGCUGACUCCGUCCGAAAUGGACGAAUUCGUCCAGAACCGCCUCUCCCAAGAAGACGCUUCGACCGCCAGCGGGUGCUCGGAGCUCUUUAACCGGAGCCUGGCGAAAUUCCUCAAGGGCGAAUCGGACGCGGUUAGGGAAACCCGGAAGCGGUUAGGACUGACCGACAAAACGGAACCAGGGGAAGAAGGGUCCGCGCCGGAACGAGCGGCGGCGAGCAUACGGGGCUGGACGGCGCGCCAACUGGAGAUCUUCUUGGACACGUGUAUAUCUAGGUACCAUCAGAAGCGGAUAGAACCAGGCAGUGCAGUGGGGGCAGUUGGGGCCCAGAGUAUAGGAGAGCCCGGGACGCAAAUGACGCUCAAAACGUUCCAUUUCGCUGGUGUCGCUAGUAUGAACAUCACGCUGGGAGUCCCGCGCAUCAAAGAGAUCAUCAACGCCUCCAAGAACAUCAGCACGCCAAUCAUCACCGUCAAGCUAGUGUCCGAGCACGACCUCAAGGCGGCACGCAUUGUCAAGGGCCGGAUAGAGAAGACGACGCUUGGAGAGGUGGCGGAUCACAUCCAAACCGUCCUCGAGCCGGGCCGCGCCUUCAUCUCCGUCCGACUCGACAUGGACCGCAUCCAGUCCCUCCAGCUGGGCAUCGACGCGAUAACGGUUGGGGACUCGAUUGUUAACGCCCCCAAGAUGAAGAUCAAGCACUCGCACAUCCGCGUGAUCCGGCGCAACAAGCUGAUUGUCUUCCCGCCCGACCAGGACCGGGGCAAGAUGUUCUUUGCGCUGCAGUCGUUGCGCAACGCACUGCCUAGGGUCAUCGUCAAGGGCAUCCCCACCGUCGAUCGCGCCGUGAUCAACGACACCUCCAAGGACGGCGUCCGGUCCUACAACCUGCUCGUCGAAGGCACAAACCUCGCCGCGGUUAUGGGCAUAGAAGGCGUGGACGGCUUAGAAACGCGGAGCAACCACAUCAUCGAAGUGGAACACACGCUCGGGAUCGAGGCGGCGCGCACGGCGAUCAUGCGCGAGAUCGAGUACACGAUGGGCAGCCACGGGAUGACGAUCGACCUGCGGCACAUGAUGCUCCUGGCUGACGUCAUGACGUACAAGGGCGAGAUCCUGGGCAUCACCCGGUUCGGCAUCGCCAAGAUGAAGGACUCGGUGCUCAUGCUCGCCUCCUUUGAGAAAACGACGGACCAUUUGUUCGACGCGGCGAUUCACGGGCGGACGGACCAGAUCGAGGGCGUCAGCGAGUGCAUCAUCAUGGGGAUCCCCAUGCCCAUCGGGACCGGACUGUUCAAGCUGCGGCAAAGGAUAGCGAAGAAGCCGGUCUUACCGAAGCGGCCCCCGCUGUUGCUUCCAUAAAUUGUGCCAGAAAGCCGGCUGGCUCGCAGGGUGAAAGCAUUUGUUGUAGCGUAAAACGCAUCGUGGGUAUGCUCAGGUGCAGAAGACACCCGUCCAGUACGGUCUUCCGUGGUGCAACUUUUGACAAACGUUAAACGUCCCUCCAUGCCGUGAGUGCCUUCUCGAUUUGUGAGGAGGACUAAGCUGCGGACUGACCAGGAUUCUGAACAGUGAACAUGGUAGCUUCCCGGGGC